AUAGCCUAGACAGACGACAUCGCUAAUUUGCAUUAGCGGCGAUGAUUUGCUUUAACUCGCGCAUUAAUUCAUUUUAAAGCAAAUUAGUAAUGCACAAAAAUUUCGUGCAUUUAGCUGAAUUUACCACAUUUGUGCUGGCAAUGCUGCCCAAAAAUGCCCGAUUUUUGCUAUUGUGAAUGUUAAUUGAUAGAAAGAAGAAGAAGAAAACGUCAACAAAUGAUAGAAAGGAAAGCGUUAGAGAAGAUGGCAGAAAUUAAGCAGCGAGUGGUUUGGACUAGCACUGAUGAAUGUGUGUUAAUUGACUUGUGGCGUGAGCGGGCCGAUGAUUUAAGACGUGCCAAGCGCAAUUUGCAUAUAUAUGCCGAUAUAUCUGUGCAAAUGGCACAUAAAUUUACUCCGAAGGAAGUCCAUAUUAAAAUUAGAAACUUAUCACAAAGAUACAGAGAAGAAAAGAAGAAAACUGGCCCAUCGGGGGGCAGCCCAUCGACGUGGAAAUAUUUUGAUGCGGUGCAUCAAAUCAUAGGGCUGACUGCAGCCAAUAAUGCAGAAAUUUAUGAAUCAUUAACUGUGGACAUAUCGUCAUCAACAUUGCUGCCGUUACCGCCAUCUGUACCUGCAGCAUCACCAGUAACAAUGUCCCCGGAGCCGUUGUCGCCAGUAAUACCAUCGACCAGCUCGCCAUUGUUGUCGCCACUGGAUACCUCGUCCACAUCCAUGAGCACUUCUAAAAAGAGAAAUUAUAUGGGUGAAUUGGUGAAAGUGGCAAAACAACAACAUGAAUUGCUUAAGGUAGUGGUGGAAGAUGGAAGAGAUUUAAAAGAAAGAAUCAUUAAUUGUAUUGAAGAACAAAAUAGUUCUACAAAAGAAUUUAUAAGUAUUUUUAAAAAUUUGUUGGAAAAAAUGUAAAUAUUAUAUUUAUUUUGUAUACUAUUAGUAGUUAUUUAUUUUUAUUAUUAUUAAUAUAAAUGUAACUGAAUUAAAUGUUAAUUUAAAAAGGAAAUAUUAAAUAUUUAAAAUAAAAUGAAAUGAAUUAAAAUGUAAUGUAAUAAAUUGAAUUUAUUAAUAAUAAAAAUAAAUUUAAAAAAAGGAAAUUUGAAAUGAAAAAUAAAAUAGCUACCGUGGUAUGUAACAUAAUUUGUACCGUUUUGAAAUCUCAUUGCUAUGGCAUUCCUAACCGCUGUCGCAGUUUGGUCAUUUUCUCCUAAUCUUGUUGUGUGAUUGGGUUGAUGUCUUCUUUCAUCUUCUGCUGCUUCUUGUAUCCAUGCGGGAAAAACUUCAUCGUUCUCAAUCUUUAGAAAAUUAUGCAAAAUGCAACAUGCUCUAAUUAUAAUAUUAACAUUUUUAGGAGCAACUUGCAAGCCUCUUCCAACUUUACGGAAGCGCGCUUUAAGUUGACCAAAGGCAUUUUCGAUCACUCGGCGACAUUUGGACAGUCGAUAAUUAAAGUGCUUUUCAACAGGCGAUUGAUUAACCCCAUAUGGAUAUGGUUUCAUCAUAUGAUGUGAUAAACGAAAAGCUGAGUCGCCAAUAAGAAGCACAGGUACAUUGAUGCCUUCAAUUAUUUCGCUAUUUUCCUUAAAAAUACGAGCGUGUUCAUGAAAUUUCUUAAGUGAACUCCUCUCAAAUAUGUACGAGUCAUUAUUUCUCCCAGUGGAUCCUAUGUUUAUGUACGUGAACUUUGAUCUGCAAGUUAUAAGAAAUGUAAACACAUGUGUAUGAGAAUCAAUACAGUCAUAAAUUUACCUCUGAUCACAGCUUGCCAACAAAAUGACUGAAUACCAGCCUUUAUAAUUGUAAUAGUCUAUGGCUUCCACUUUUUUGGGUUGCACUUCGAUGUGGCAGCCAUCAACAGCACCAAAGCAUUGUGGGAACCCCAUCAGUUUGAAACCUUCUACAAUUCUUCUUAAUUCUUGCGGAUGUGGGGGGUAUGCAUUAAUGCAAUCCGAAAGAGUACCACAUACUUCAUGACAAAAAUCGAUCACAAUUUCUCCAACUGUGCUGCGCCCAACGCCAAACAAACUAGCAACAGUCCUAUAUUCCGCUGCCGAACCCAAAGAAAAGAGUGCUAUAGCUACUCUUUUUUCAAGUGAGAUACAGCGCCUCAUGUUGCUAUCCAUUUUUCCAAUACUCUUUACCUUUUCGCACACUUUUUUGAAUGCCCUUCUAUCUAGCCGAAAAUUUUCUUUGAACCUUGAGUCAUCCAUGGUUGGGACAUCGUGCUCCCAAAAUAUACCACCUCGAUCCUUAAAAUAUGCAAUUUUUGAUUUCAAUCCCAAAUUGAAAUAACUAUUUACUUACGAAUUUCCAAAUAUGUCGAUGGUGCUCCUGAGCGAAUACAAGUCCAGCAUGUAUGAUUUCGUUAAAAUCCACUAUUGCUUUUAAUUGCACUUCAUUAUCUUGUAAUGUAUUUAAUAACAAUUUAAUUCUUUCAUUAAAUUUCUUUUUGUUUUCCAAAAAUACCAAAAUUGCCAUUAAUAACUCUUUUUUAUCCAUUUUUAUUUCACGUUUGUAAUAAAUAAACAAAUUUCUCAAUCAGCUGUAUAAAUGCACAAAAUUUGUCGUCUGUCACUAUAAAAUUUCAAUGCGCAUUAUCAUUUCUUAAUGCCAAUUAAUUUUGUUCGUCUGUCUAGGCUAUUAGAU